GCCUCCCGGCCCCUAGGCCGACCAGCGAGCGCCGCGAGCCGCCGGGCCAGGGCCGCCGGAGACCAUGAAUCAGACGGACAAAAACCAACAAGAAAUUCCUUCAUACCUCAUUGAUGAGCCACCAGAAGGUUCAGUGAAAGACCAUCCCCAGCAGCAGCCUGGCAUGUUGUCCCGUGUCACUGGCGGCAUCUUCAAUGUGACAAAAGGAGCCGUUGGCGCCACCAUUGGUGGCGUGGCUUGGAUUGGAGGGAAGAGUCUGGAGGUGACCAAAACAGCUGUUACCACAGUGCCUUCCAUGGGCAUCGGGCUGGUCAAAGGAGGGGUGUCUGCUGUGGCUGGCGGAGUCACAGCCGUCGGGUCUGCUGUUGUAAACAAAGUGCCCUUAACGGGAAAAAAGAAAGACAAGUCUGACUGAGAGAGCGAGAAGGACGAGAAGAACGGGAAGAUGAGCCUUGCCCUCGGCAGCACCACGAGGCCAGUGGCUUUGAGCUGCCAGUGUGGGGACUCCCGCCUCGUGGGGAUGUUUCUCUUCUCAAGUGCAGUGUUGGAAGUAUCGAUGACUUCCUUUCAUCUGAAAAGAGAAGAUGCCAAGACUCUCACCGUUUGUGAAAGUUCAUCAGACUUUGAUUCCAGAUUUUUAACUGGUGAAAUGUUACACUCAUUCAGUAGUAACUGAAGACUAGCAAUCUGACCCAUUAAAGAGGUGGAGCUCAUUUCAAGAAACUAAGGACAUUAUCCCUGGAGGCAUCUGUCGUUUGUGAUUGGAUGGCUUGAAGAACCCAGCCUGGUGAAGAGGCCCACCCGAAGGACAGACAAUCAUGUUCCAGUGGUGGUGUGGCCACCGGAACAUCAUGGAUCUGGGACGGGGGGACUUGGGAACUGCUGAUGGAAUCAACGUUUUCUACAGAAGGUGAUGGGAAAGAGAACUUGGAUGAAUACAGGAGGAAAGCACUCUGAUCUGCAAAAGAGGAAAUGUUUCAUAAAGACAAUAAAAUAAAGAGAAUUUCAAAAAA